AUGUCUGCAGAGCCUACAUCCACCGUCGACCAGUACCUGCCCGUGCUGGAGGACGUGCUCUGCGAACGCUUCAAAGUCCUAGGCGACCGAUUCCUCAAGAUUCGGGUCGAGAUCAUCAGCCACGUAGAGGACAUCAUCAAGGACUCGGUCGAGGAGGCAUGGGACGUCAACGUCUUUGCUUGGAAGGUGCUCAGAGGGUGGACGGAACAUGGUCUCACCAACUUGAAGCUCCCUCCACAACCAGAAGGCCGGCGGCAGUAUACCUUGCCCGUGGCCAACAUCCAGAGCCUCUGCUUCCUGCCCGCAAAAAGCAACCUCGACCCCUGGGACCACGCGUGUCUCUGCGCCGCCGAGCUGUGCAACGAGAUCCGCACAGCCACGGGCCAGCCAGAAGUCUGUUUCCAGGCACUGCUCCGGCAUAACGGCAUCGCUCCUCCGACGGGUAUACGCCAGUACUCCGACGCCGACGUGCCCCUGCUGGACAAUGACGUCACCUCCUGGGCAUACUAUAUCAGGCGCUUAGAGGCCGAGCUUUCGAGGUUCCGCGAGUCUAACCUUGAGAUCAAAAGGCGGAAUAUGGAAUUGGCCUACCGUUUGUCUGAGGUGCAGAGUGAGUUGGCCGGGUACAAAGCACCAUUGGCCGGGUUCAAAGCACCAUUGAGGUACUAG